UCCUGUUCUUUAUCCCAUGACCGCCACGACCUGGGCUUCACAAAUUGCAUUGUUUGCAUCAGUCAUGGCAUCAGUUUGGAUUAUUGUUGGCAUAUGACUGCGUUUGACGUGUGACACACAGCAAAGGUUAUAAUCGUUGAAUGUUGCCAAGUAGUGAAAAAUGAUAGAUAAUCAGGAUUCAAACGAUGAAAUACAGUCGAUGGCGCGGAGGUUUCAGACUGUAACAACGAUAGAGAACAUUGUGAGUGGUGCGAGACAGGCUACGCAGCUGACUAACCCACUAACGUCGAUCCGCGAAAACCAUCUCGCCGCCACUAUGCCAACGCAACAUCACAAUAAACAGGAAGUGAAGAAGGAAGUGGGAACAUGUAAGACUGACGAAAGUGAUAUGGUGCGCUCGUUGCCAGAGAUUAAUUUGCCUGAGAAAAUAGUACUGAUAAUUGACAUUACCAAAGAAAAGGACUGCACCCAAUUCAAGUUAGGAACAGGAGCUACCUACAUGCCUAUGUUUUUAAUCAAAAGAGUUGUUGAAAUUUUUGUUGGUGCAAAGUCGAUGAUCAAUCGAAACCAUGAGUUCGCCAUAAUGACUCUAUGCUCCGAGUCGAUCAAGUGGGUUUGUGACUUUACCGCCAACAUCAAAACUGUUCUCAAUACCCUAGAUUCCCUUGUGGAAGAGAAACUGAAUACAGAUGACACUUCAUUUGACCUGAGCCAAGUCUUUGAAGCUCUUAUCACUCACACCGAUUUGCCAAGAUACACGGAGUCCAAUGAAAUCCCCUCGUUCAUCACAAGGGCUAUAUUAAUCUACUCGCGGUCAAACUGCAUUCCCCGGUUUCGAACAGGGAAUAAAUUUUUCGAGCUGUUGUCAGAUAAUCCAUACUUUGUACUGGAUGCUUUGUUCGUUCACGAACCGCCAAGUAGCGAGAACAUGUGCGAGGAAGUUUAUAACGAGCUCACAGCUCUGGACGCUAAAAAUUUAUCUUAUAUCCUAGAAGUUGGAAGAAAUGCCACGAAGCUCCAUGACAAUAUGGCUAAAUUACUCGCGCAUCCUAUGCAGAGGCCCUUGCAAAAGAAUGCUUGUUACACCAUUUGCAUACCUGGACCAAAGGAAGAAACUCACUCAAAUGUUUAGUAAUGAUUUUGUUACUCCGAGACGAUAUCAUUUACUUUGAUAUCAUCCUUGAUCUCGUGAUCAUCCUAAUAUGUAAUCUGCAGUUUUACUUGUAGCAUCAAAGACCUAUAGGUGUAUAUUUUCAAAUGCUUGGAACAUAAAAUACUAAGGCAUUAAACUUUAUGCUCGGUCAAUAAAAACAAUUAGGAUUCAACUCACAGGGUUCAAUUCCCAAUUUCAUCAUGAGCUAUUCCAUUUGCAAUCCUUAUGUUUGUAAAAAUUUUGUAAUGUCAUCACUUUUCAAUUUCUAUAUAGUGCAUAUAAUAAGGCUAUUAUAACAAGUCUCACACGCUUUAUUGUUAAGUGUACGACUAAUAUAUUGAUUUUCU